AUGACGUACACAACCCACCGAGAUACACAGGAAACUCUUCAAACUCUGGACCGACUCGACCUCGAUACCGACAAACCGACCGAGGAGGAACUACUUAAAAAGUAUGGCGUCGACGAGGAGAAACAAUUCAAGCAUAUCGGUAUCCAUGCCGAUCUUUGGAUGAGAGUGAAACCGAAAGUAUGGGCCAUGUUUGAUGAGCCCUAUUCAUCCACACCCGCCAAAAUGGUUGCAGCCACUUCAAUUUUUUUCAUCGUCAUAUCAAUUCUCUCCUUUUGCCUGAAAACCCACUGUUUCAUGAGAGUUAGGACUGUCAAUCAUCAAUUUAACUCCUCCCACAACAUGAUAUAUUCGCAUGUUAAUGAGUCGACAACCGACCAAUCAGAGGAAGGGAUCUAUCGGUCGACCAAUCAGACGCUUGAUGACGAAAUGUCAAAUUUAAGAGAAAUCGAUUCAUUCUUGGUAGCUAGGCGGCGAAUGACCUUUAUGAUGACCCCAGUAAAUGUCAUUGACCUUAUUGCCACCCUAUCUUUUUACGCUGACCUCGUCACCAUGCACCUGGGCAGUAAAAACUGGACACUCGAAGUUUUCAGCAUUAUUAGAGUUAUGAGGCUAUUUAAGUUGACUAGACACUCACCAGGUUUGAAAAUCCUGAUUCACACGUUCAAAGCCAGUGCUCACGAACUCAGCCUCCUUGUCUUCUUCCUCGUCCUCUUCAUCGUCGUCUUCGCAUCUCUGGUCUUUUACGCCGAACGCACGCAGCCCAACAAACAAAACGAUUUCACCUCCAUACCAGUGGGCCUA